GGCCGCCGAGGCACCAUGGCAGCGGCGGAGGAGCCGGUGGCCGCCCCGAGCCGCUCCUGCUGCCGCCGCCGCCGGGAGCCGCCGCCGCCGCCGCUGCUGCUGGUGCUGCUGCCGCUCCUGCUGCUCCCUUUGUUCCCCUCCGGGCUGGGGGCCACCGCGCCGCCGCCGCCGGCAGGCUGGGGGCCGGCAGCCCGCUGGGGCUGUCCCGCCGCCGUGCCGUGCCGGGCGGCGGCCGUGCCCCCGGGGCUGCCCCCGGCGCCGCGCCGCCGGUCCCCGCCGCGCUGCGCGCCCCGCGCCGCCCGGCCGCGCCCGCUGCCCUUGGUCCCGGCGCCGGCCCCGGGGCGGCGGAGCCGGCGCUCAGCACCGAACCGCCACCCGCUGUUCCCCCAGUACAACUACCAGGCGGAGGUGGCGGAGAACCAGCCGGCCGGGACGGCGGUGGUGGCGGUGACGGCCCAGGACCCCGACGGGGGCGAGGCGGGGCGGCUGGUGUACUCCAUGGACGCGCUGAUGAACAGCCGCUCGCGGGAUCUGUUCAGCAUCGACCCGCGGGCCGGGCUCAUCUCCACCACCCAGGCCCUGGACCGCGAGAGCAUGGACCUGCACUACUUCCGAGUGACGGCCACUGACCACGGGGCACCGCGGCUCUCCGCCACCACCAUGGUGGCCAUCACUGUGGCUGACCGCAACGACCACGACCCCGUCUUCGAGCAGGGCGAGUACCGGGAGACCAUCCGGGAGAACGUUGAGGAGGGAUACCCCAUCCUGCAGCUGCGGGCCACCGACGUCGACUCCCUUCCCAAUGCCAACAUCCGUUACCGCUUUGUCAAUGAACGGGCUGCCUACGACAUCUUUGAGAUUGAUCCCCGCUCCGGCCUCAUCACCACCAGCGGGCCAGUGGACAGGGAGAAGAUGGAGAAGUACUCCCUGGUGGUGGAAGCCAACGACCAGGGCAGGGAGCCGGGGCCCCGCUCUGCCACUGUUAAUGUCUACAUCACGGUCCUCGAUGAGAAUGACAACAUCCCUCAGUUCAGUGAGAAGCGCUACAUUGUCCAAGUGAGGGAGGACAUACGGCCCCACACGGAGAUCCUGCGUGUCACCGCCACAGACCUGGACAAGGACAACAACGCGCUGGUGCACUACAACAUCAUCAGUGGGAACAGUCGGGGCCAGUUCUCCAUUGACAGUGUCACUGGGGAAAUACAGGUGGUGGCCCCCCUGGAUUUUGAGGUGGAGCGGGAGUACGCCCUGAGGAUCCGGGCUCAGGAUGCAGGGCGUCCUCCUCUUUCUAACAACACUGGCAUGGCGAGCAUCCAGGUGGUGGACAUCAAUGACCAUGCCCCCAUUUUUGUCAGCACCCCUUUUCAAAUCUCCGUCCUGGAGAAUGCUCCCCUUGGCCACUCUGUCAUCCACAUCCAGGCCGUGGAUGCAGACUACGGUGAGAACUCACGCCUGGAGUACAAACUGACAGGGGUUUCAGCUGACACACCCUUUGUGGUGAACAGUGCUACGGGGUGGAUCACAGUCAGUGGGCCGUUGGACCGAGAAUCGGUUGAGCACUAUUUUUUUGGGGUAGAGGCUCAUGACCAUGGCUCUCCAUCUUUAUCCGCCUCAGCCAGUGUCACCAUUACUGUCAUGGAUGUCAACGACAACCGCCCUGAGUUCACCCAGAAGGAAUACUUCAUCCGCCUGAACGAGGAUGCAGCUGUGGGGACCAGCGUGCUCAGCGUCACGGCAGUCGACCGGGAUGUGAACAGUGCCAUCACGUACCAGAUCACAGGAGGCAACACACGGAACCGCUUCUCCAUCAGCACGCAGGGUGGGCUGGGGCUCAUCACUCUGUCUCUGCCACUGGACUACAAGCAGGAGAGGCGCUAUGUGCUCACCGUGACAGCCUCUGAUCGCACCCUGCGUGACAACUGCCACGUUCACAUCAACAUCACCGAUGCCAACACACACCGGCCUGUGUUCCAGAGUGCCCACUACUCUGUGAGCAUCAACGAGGACCGGCCUGUGGGCAGCACCGUGGUGGUGAUCAGUGCCACGGACGACGACGUGGGGGAAAACGCCCGCAUCACGUACUACCUGGAAGACAAUGUCCCUCAGUUUCGUAUCGAUCCAGACUCUGGGGCCAUCACCCUCCAGGCAGAACUGGACUAUGAGGACCAGGUCACGUAUACGUUGGCUAUCACUGCCAAGGACAAUGGGAUCCCCCAGAAGGCAGACACCACAUAUGUUGAAAUCAUGGUGAAUGACGUUAAUGACAAUGCCCCCCAGUUUGUCAGCCCUCAUUACCAGGGCAUGAUCUCUGAGGAUGCACCUCCUUUCACCAGUGUGCUCCAGAUCUCUGCCACCGACCGGGAUGCCCACACCAACGGGCGAGUGCAGUACACCUUCCAGAACGGGGAGGAUGGGGAUGGAGACUUCACCAUAGAGCCCACCUCGGGGAUCAUUCGCACCGUGCGCAGGCUGGACCGCGAGAACGUUCCUGUCUAUGAGCUGACUGCCUACGCUGUGGACAGGGGCAUCCCUCCUCAGCGAACUCCUGUGCACAUCCAGGUCACCAUUCAGGAUGUGAAUGACAAUGCCCCUGUCUUUCCUGCUGAAGAGUUUGAGGUCCGGGUUAAGGAGAACAGCAUCGUAGGCUCUGUGGUGGCCCAAAUCACAGCUGUUGACCCGGAUGAGGGACCCAAUGCCCAGAUCAUGUACCAAAUUGUGGAAGGCAACAUCCCUGAGAUAUUCCAGAUGGACAUCUUUUCUGGGGAGCUCACAGCCUUGAUAGACUUGGAUUAUGAGACAAAAUCUGAAUAUGUGAUUGUAGUGCAGGCCACCUCUGCCCCUCUGGUCAGCAGAGCUACAGUCCACAUCAAGCUCAUUGACCAGAAUGACAACAGCCCUGUUCUGAAGAACUUUCAAAUCCUGUUCAAUAACUACGUGUCCAAUAAAUCCAACACCUUCCCCUCAGGGGUCAUAGGGAAGGUCCCAGCGUAUGACCCAGAUGCAUCUGACCACCUCUUCUACACCUUUGAGCGGGGAAAUGAACUACACUUGUUGAUUGUAAAUCAAUCGAGCGGGGAGCUGAGACUGAGCCGUAAGCUGGACAACAAUCGUCCACUUGUGGCCUCCAUGCUGAUGACUGUCACAGACGGGAUCCACAGCGUGACAGCUCAGUGCGUCCUGCGCGUGAUCAUCAUCACGGAGGACAUGCUGGCCAACAGCAUCACGGUGCGGCUGGAGAACAUGUGGCAGGAGCGGUUCCUCUCCCCGCUGCUCUCCACCUUUCUGGAAGGAGUGGCCACCGUGCUUGCGACGCCCAAGGAGGACAUCUUCAUCUUCAACAUCCAGAACGACACGGACGUGGGUGGCACGGUGCUCAACGUCAGUUUCUCAGCCCUGGCACCGUGGGGCGGGCGCUACUUCAGCUCGGAGGAGCUGCAGGAGCAGCUGUACAUGAAGCGCAUGGUGCUGACCGGCACCUCCAUGCUGGAGGUGCUGCCCUUCGACGACAACGUGUGCCUGCGGGAGCCCUGCCAGAACUACAUGAAGUGCAUCUCCGUCCUCAAGUUCGACAGCUCCGCGCCCUUCAUCGCCUCUCACUCCACCCUCUUUCGGCCCAUCCACCCCAUCGCCGGCCUCCGGUGCCGCUGCCCCCAGGGCUUCACCGGGGACUACUGUGAAACGGAGAUCAACCUGUGCUACUCCAACCCCUGCCUGAACGGGGGCAUCUGCACCCGCAAGGAGGGGGGAUACACCUGCGUUUGCCGCCAGCACUUCAGCGGCGAGCACUGUGAGGUGGACAGCCGCGCGGGGCGGUGCGUGCCCGGCGUGUGCCGCAACGGCGGCACCUGCACCGACGGCGCCGACGGCGGCUUCCGCUGCCAGUGCCCGGCGGGCGGCUUCGAGGCGCCCUUCUGCGAGGUGUCCACGCGCUCCUUCCCGCCGCGAUCCUUCAUCAUGUUCCGGGGCCUGCGCCAGCGCUUCCACCUCACCCUGGCCCUCUCGUUCAGCACUGUGGAGCCCAGCGGCCUCCUGCUCUACAAUGGGCGUUUGAAUGAGAGGCACGACUUCCUGGCAGUGGAGAUCAUCCAGGGGCAGGUCCAGCUGAAAUACUCCACAGGAGAGUCCAGCACGGUAGUGAGUCCCUACCUGCCGGGGGGUGUGAGUGAUGGGCAGUGGCACACGCUGCAGCUCCGCUACUACAACAAGCCCAAGGUCAGCACCCUGGGGGUGGUGCAGGGCCCCUCCAAGGACAAGGUGGCCAUCUUGACAAUAGAUGAAUGUGAUGCUUCAGUGGCCCUGCAGUUUGGCAGCGAGAUUGGAAACUACUCCUGUGCUGCAGAAGGUGUGCAGACCAGCUCAAAAAAGUCCCUGGACCUCACAGGUCCCUUGCUCCUUGGAGGGGUCCCCAACCUGCCAGAAAACUUCCCCAUCACGCACCGGGACUUUGUGGGAUGCAUGAGAGACCUGUUCAUCGACAGCAAACGCAUCGACCUGGCCUCCUACAUCGCCAACAAUGGAACUGCUGCAGGUUGUCAUGCCAAGCACACGUUCUGCGACUCCAGCCCUUGCAAGAACGGCGGCACCUGCUCUGUCAGCUGGGGGACUUACUCCUGCCUCUGUCCUGUUGGCUUUGGGGGCAAAGACUGUCGCCAUGCCAUGCACCAUGCCCACUAUUUUCAGGGCAACAGUGUCCUGAGCUGGGACUUCAAGGCAGAUGUGAAGAUCUCGGUGCCGUGGUACCUGGGGCUGGCGUUCCGGACGCGCCAGCAGGAUGGGGUGCUUCUGCAGGCCCACGCAGGCCAGUACACCACCCUGCUCUGCCAGCUGGCUGGGGGCCUGCUCUCCUUCAUGGUGAGCAGGGGGUCAGGGCGCAGCACCAGCCUCCUCCUGGACCAGCUGCAGCUCAGUGAUGGGAAAUGGCACGACCUCCAGCUGGAGCUGCGGGACGUGCACAGUGGGCGAGACUCACGCUACGUCAUCACCCUCACCCUGGACUUCGGGCUCUACCAGGACACGGUGGUUGUGGGAAAUGAACUGCAUGGCCUGAAGGUGAAACACCUGCAUGUGGGGGGAGUCCUGGGCUCUGGCGAGGUGCAGAAUGGGCUGAGGGGCUGCAUACAGGGUGUGCGACUGGGUGACAGCAUCACCGGGAUCGUGCUGCCCAAGCCCAGCCAUGCCCUGCGGGUGGAGGCUGGCUGCAGUGUACCAAGUCCCUGUGACUCCAACCCCUGCCCGGCCAACAGUGUCUGCAAGGAUGAGUGGCAGAGCUACUCCUGUGUCUGCCAGCCAGGGUACUACGGAGGGGACUGUGUGGAUGUGUGUCACCUCAACCCCUGCAAGAACAAGUCGGUGUGUCGCCGCAAGCCGGGCUCACGCCUGGGCUACGUGUGCGAGUGCAGUGGGAACUUCUUUGGGCAGUACUGCGAGCACAGGAUAGACCAGCAGUGUCCAAAGGGCUGGUGGGGAAACCCCACCUGUGGGCCCUGUAACUGUGAUGUGAACAAGGGCUUUGACCCCGACUGCAAUAAAACCAACGGGCAGUGCCACUGCAAGGACUUCCACUACCGCCCCAGAGGCAGUGACACCUGCCUGCCCUGUGACUGCUACCCCGUGGGCUCCACCUCGCGCUCCUGUGACAGGGAGACUGGCCGGUGCCACUGCCGGCCCGGGGUCAUCGGCCGCCAGUGCAACAGCUGUGACAGCCCCUUUGCCGAGGUGACGCCCAGUGGCUGCCAGGUGCUCUAUGACGGCUGCCCCAAAAGCCUGAAGGCAGGUGUGUGGUGGCCCCAGACCAAGUUUGGCUUCUCGGCUGCAGUGCUGUGUCCCAAAGGCUCCUUGGGCUUGAGGGGUGCAGGUGCAGCCAUCAGACACUGUGAUGAGGAGAAGGGCUGGCUGGAGCCAGAUCUCUUCAACUGCACUUCACCUGCCUUCAAGGAGCUGUCCGUGCUGCUAGAGGGCUUGGAGAGGAACAAGACUGAGCUGAACACAAUUGAAGCCAAGAAGCUGGCCCACCGGCUGCGGGCUGUGACAGACCACAUGGAGCACUACUUUGGCAAUGACGUGCACAUUGCUUUCCGCCUGCUGUCCCGCCUCAUGGCCUUCGAGAGCCAGCAGCGCGGCUUUGGCCUGACAGCUACACAGGAUGCCCACUUCAAUGAGAACCUGCUGCGUGCAGGCAGCUCCGUGCUGGCGCCCGAGAACCGGGAGCACUGGGCCAUGCUGCCCCACGGGGAGCACGGCAGCGCCAGCCUCAUGGAGCAGCUGCGGGACUACUCGGGCACGCUGGCCAGCAACAUGAAACUCACCUACCUCAACCCCGUCGGUGUCGUCACCCCCAACAUCAUGCUGAGCAUCGAUCGCAUGGAGAACCACUCCCACGUCCGCCGGCGCUAUCCUCGCUACCACAGCAGCCUCUUCCGGGGCCAGCCCGCCUGGGACCCCCACACCCACGUGGUGCUGCCACUGUCGGUGCUGAGCCCUCCCAAAGCUGAAGCUGUCCCCACAGCAGUGCCCACGCUGGCUGGGGGUGAAGGGAACUACACUGUGGAGAGCUCCUCCCCGAGGCAGGCGCUGCCAGAGCCCGAGCCCACUCUCACUGUGGUCAUCCUCAUCAUGUACCGCACCCUUGGGGGGCUGCUGCCUGCACGCUACCAAGUGGAUCGCCGCAGCGUCAGGCUCCCCAAGAAUCCUGUGAUGAACUCCCCCAUUGUGAGUGUGUCUGUGUUCAGCAAUCACACCUUCCUGCAAGGACCCCUGGACACCCCUCUUGUGCUGGAAUUUUACCUGCUGGAGACAGCCAACAGGAGCAAACCUCUCUGUGUCCAGUGGAACCACUCCAACCCGACCAACCCCUCUGGCUUCUGGACAGCCAGGGACUGCGAGCUCGUGUACCGAAACACCACCCAUGUCCACUGCCAGUGCUCCCAGUUUGGCACCUUUGGGGUUUUGAUGGACAGCUCACACCGAGAGCAACUGGAAGGUGAUCUGGAGACAUUGGCAAUUGUCACCUAUUCCUUGGUGUCUCUCUCCUUGGUGUCUCUGCUGCUGACCUUCUCCUUUCUGACCUGCCUCAAAGGCCUCAAGUCCAACACACGUGGCAUCCACUCCAACAUAUCAGUCACCCUCUUCUUCUCUGAGCUGCUCUUUCUCCUGGGUAUCGACCGCACUGAGAACCAGUUUCUCUGCACUGUGAUUGCCAUCCUCCUCCACUGCUUCUUCCUCUCCACCUUCGCCUGGCUCUUCGUCCAGGGCCUCCACAUCUACCGCAUGCAGACCGAAGCCCGCAACGUCAACUUCGGGGCCAUGCGCUUCUACUACGCCAUCGGCUGGGGAGUGCCUGCCAUCAUCACUGGGCUGGCCGUUGGCCUGGAUCCUGAGGGCUACGGGAACCCUGACUUCUGCUGGAUUUCCAUCCAUGAUAAGCUGGUCUGGAGCUUUGCAGGCCCCAUUACUGUCGUCAUUGUGAUGAAUGGGGUCAUGUUCCUGCUUGUGGCCAAGAUGUCCUGUUCCCCAGGCCAAAAGGAGACCAAGAAGAAAUCGGUUCUCAUGACGUUACGGAGCUCCUUUGUUCUGCUUCUAGUUAUUAGCACUACCUGGCUCUUUGGCCUCUUGGCUGUCAACAACAGUGUCCUGGCUUUCCACUACUUCUACACUGUCCUCUGCAGCCUGCAGGGCCUGGCAGUGCUGGUCCUGUUCUGUGUACUGAACGAGGAGGUGCGGGAGGCAUGGCAGCUGGCCUGCCUCAGCAAGAAGGGGCAGAGCGAGGAGGCCACGAGGAGCACACAGGGCCCCAGCGCCUACAACAACACAGCACUGUUUGAGGAGAGCGGGCUCAUCCGCAUCACCCUGGGGGCCUCCACGGUGUCCUCAGUGAGCAGCGUGCGCUCUGCCCGCACCCACUCCAGCCAGCGAGCUUACCUCAGAGACAACAUGGCAGCACGUCAGGGCUCAGCCCUGGAUCACAGCCUGUUGGCUCACGCUGGCCCCACGGACAUUGACAUGGCAAUGUUCCACCGUGAUGCUGGGGGAGACCAGGACUCGGACUCGGACAGUGACCUGUCUCUGGAUGAAGAGCACAGCCUCUCCAUCCCGUCCUCAGAGAGCGAGGAGAACGUUCGCCUGCGGGGCCGCUUCCAGCGCCAGCUCAAGCGGGCGGCACACAGCGAACGCCUCCUCACGAACCCUGCCAACACCACUCCCAAAGAUGUGGAUGGCAAUGACCUCAUGUCGUAUUGGCCAGCUCUGGGCGAGUGCGAGGUUCAUCCCUGCUCCCUGCAGAAGUGGGGCUCUGAGCGGAAGCUGGGAUUUGACAUCAAUAAGGAUGCAGCCAACAAUAAUCAGCCAGACCUGGCUUUGACCAGUGGGGAUGAGAACUCCCUCACCCAGACCCAACGGCAGAGAAAAGGGAUUUUGAAGAACCGUCUCCAGUACCCUCCAACUCUCCAGGGCUUGCCAUCUGUUGGCAGGAUGACCAAUGAGCUGACGUGGUACAAGACAUCCACGCUGGGUCACAGGGCGGUCCCCGCUGCCUCCUAUGGCAGGAUCUACUCUGGGGCUGGCAGUCUGUCGCAGCCAGCCAGCCGAUACUCGUCCCGGGAGCAGCUUGACAUGCUGAUGAGGAGACAGAUGUCCCGGGAGCAGCUGAGCAGGCACAACUCAGGAGAGUGCUUGGAAGCUGUGCCCAGUCAGCACGGGUCCAGAGAGGAGCUGGACACUAUCCCCAGCAGGCAUGGAUCUACUGAACACCUGGAAAAUAUCCCAAGCAGACAUGCAUCUAGGGAAAACUUGGAUCUACUCGCUGCUAGGCCCAGUCAGAGAGAUCAUGGGAACACACUGCCCCGGAGGCAGGGCUCCAGAGACUGCCUUGACACUUUACCCUGCAGAUUUGGGUCAAGAGAGCAGCUAGACUGUGGGCCAGUAAGAGAAGUCUCUAGAGAGUGGCUAAACACAUUGCCAAGUAGGCAAGUGUCCAGAGACCAAAUAGACAUGUUGCCAAGUCGCGAUACUUCUCGAGAGCAAUUGGAUUUGCUUUCUAGAAAACAGCCUUCAAGGGAUCUGCUAGCAUCAGCUAGACACGCUUCAAGGGAGCAGCUGGACUUUUUGUCCAGAAGAUCUAAUUCCAGAGAGCCUCUGGACACAGUGCCUAGCAGGCAGCCCUCGCAGGACAACCUGGGGAGUCUCUCUCGGAGGCAGCUGUCUAGGGAAAGCCUAGAACUGCUGUCAAGGAGACAGCAUUCCAGGGAGAACCUGGAGGCCAUUCCCAGCCGACAUCCUUCCACUGAACAGUUAGAUAUCCUUUCUUCCAUCCUUGCUUCCUUUAACUCCUCCGUCCUGUCCUCGGUGCAAUCUUCCAGCACACCUUCAGGCCCCCAGACCACCGCCACCCCCUCUGCCAUGCAGACCUCAACACCCUCUGCAGUGUGUCCCUCAACACCUCAUUCUGCCACCUCCCACAGCAUUUCAGAGCUGUCACCAGACUCAGAAAUAAUGAGAAACGACGGCCAUUCCUGAGGGGUCAAAACUGAUCACAAGAGAGAUGGAAGAAGCAGGGCUCUUCACCAGGCACUGCCAGCUGAGGUUUGGUAUCCCCAUGGAGCAGGGGCCAGAACUGAUGGUUGUCAGAGGCCCAAAACCAGCCCUGCUUUCCCCUGCCCUGUGGGCUCAGGGGCCAGCAGCCCACACCACCACUGCCAGGAGCCUCCAGGCUCUCAGCUGCCACCAUGCUCUCCAUCACCUGCCUGGUGUGACAGGUAGUACUGGGCAAGUGUGGCAUCUCCGACCCGUGGGGGCCGAGCUCUUUCUCUGCGAGCUGUUUGUGUGUGGGGUGUGCCUGUGUGUGUGUGAAGGGUGGGCAGUGGCAGGGGGACAGAAAUGGAGCCUAGGAUAUGGGGGCAGGGAGGGUUUUCUAUCCUUUUGUAUCUUUGUAAUCAGAGAGAAGACAAAUUUCUAUGGUUAUUUUUACGGAUGGUAUGUUCCCAGGACCUGGAGCAUUUAUUUCACCAACAGCCCCUUGCCAGUUCCCUGGGGCUACUAGAACAUAAUCCCAGUGGGCUGGAGAAACAGUGCCAGGCAGUCCUUAAGGCUUUGCUGGCACUGCUUUGUCCCAUCCCCCCUGCAGGGCAGCUGGCCCCGUUGCCCCCCUGCCCUCCCACUGUGCAGCUCCGAACUCUGUCUCUUCCUGCCUGGUGUCCCUCAGCCCCCUGCAGCCAGGCCUCCCUCUGCCCUGUCAGCCACCACCCCGUGGGGCUGCCCCUCUGUGAGCUGGGGCUGUGUGCCAGCGAGAGCACGUGUGAACAGGGCAGCAAAUUCGGCACUAGGAACAUGCUGGGAAGGAGACAAGCUCUGCUGUGCAGUCCUGUCCUGUGCCAGGAUGGUCCCACUCUCAUCAGUGCUGGUUUCCUCGGCUCGGCAAGUGAGCACUGUGUUGUUACCCACUGGGUGCUGUGCUCUUUAACCUGUGUGUUACAGAACAAACUUCUGUUGGUCUGUGGGUCUGGUAGAGGAGCUGGAUGACCUUUGCCCUGCUUAGCACCAGGCUUAGCUUUUCCCAGAGCCAGUCCUCACUCUGCAGAGGACUAACAUCCACAGGAGCAUGAUGUGGCUCCAGUUUUAGGGUCCAGCAUUACCCUCAGAAGUUGUAUCUAGCUGGUCCCCUGGGGGCUCUGUGUACACCUGCUCUCCCCUGAGUAGCAAAGGACUCUAGCUCAGAGUGACCUGAAUUUUGGGAGAUGGAGAUAAAAAGCACUUUCCCCUCUCCGGAAAUUCAGGCUACCCGGAUGGUGUCUGCUCAGCUGGGAGCUGACCCCUGGCUGUGCUGUGAGAUGGCACUCCUCUGUGCCUACCUCAGCCUCAGGCCAGGCCAUUCGGCUCAGCGGGGCCAGCACGUUCCCUUUUUCACCCCCCAGGUGCUCUCGGGGCAUGACCAUGUGCUCUUUACUGCCUUACUACCACACUGCCGUGGCAUCUUACUGUAGCCCAGCCUGCCAUGUUUACAGGAGAGGACCCAUGCUGCCGUCCUCAUGCCUCUAGGGAGGCCAAGGCCUCUUGGCUGCCUCCCCGAGUCAGUGGGGAGAGUAUGGAGGGAACAGAAGGGCUGGUGACUGGGGGUGCCCUGGGUCCCCAGCACAGCCCUGAUGAGGCAGGUUCCCUGUCAUCCUUUUCCCAAGGAUGAGGAGAGAAAGGCCUGCUGACAUGUUUACAUGCCAUUUGGGACCAGUGUGCAGAGGGAAAGCCUGCUGGCCCCACAUGCUGGGAGCAGCCAGGCACCUCCAUGCUGCCCAUCUUUGCCUUUGGAAACAAGCUCGUUUACAAGUUUCUCUCCAGCUGUGCAAUGCCAGCACCAGAGUCCUGGGAUCCUGUCCCUGCUGUGCUGUAGGGCCCAUGUUUCUGCCAAGUUGGGCACAGGGCUCUUUGUGCUGCUGCCAAAAGGAGAGCAAGUGUCAAGUGCCAAAAAGAAGAGAGCAGCAGAGAUGGUGGCCAUCCCUGCAGAGCUGGUGGCCAUCCCUGUGGAGCUGGGCCAGUCAAGAAGCAGAAAUCUGCUUCUUGCAGACCAGUCUGCAGCUUGGUCCCUGAUUGUAGUGCUGUGACCUGGGCUCUGGGGAGCAUCCUCCUUGAGUUUGGAUUUUUUCCUUUAGGGGACUUAGUUGGGUUUUUUUUUCCUCUCUCUGUCUCCUGACUCUGUUGGCAGGGAGUGGGGAGAUGCCCACACCCCCCUUUUGGCUGUGUAAAAGUGUAUAAUGGAAGCGCCAGAUUUGGAAAUAAAAGUCUAUAAAAUG